GUGAACGAAGUCAUUUCGAUUCCGUUUUUCGUUCUUCACAUCUCAGCGAAGAAGAACCCUAAUUCAGUCUUCAGACAUCCAUCAAUGGCUUCGAUGCUACCUCGCAGGUCUCUUAGUGCUCUUCGCGCCCAAUAUCUCGCGGUGUCAGGACAAGGUUUUCAGGGCUUUCAUGUUUCCGGGCUGCAGUCUCGGGCUAUGUCGUAUGGCACCAAGAAAGAUGAUGAAGAAAGGGAGCAACUUGCUAGGGAGAUCUCCAAGGACUGGAGUUCUGUCUUUGAGAGGAGUAUAAACACCCUAUUUCUCACCGAAAUGGUCCGGGGUUUGUCGCUGACUCUCAAAUACUUCUUUGAGAAAAAAGUUACCAUAAAUUAUCCAUUUGAGAAGGGACCAUUGAGCCCUCGCUUCCGUGGUGAACAUGCUCUUCGAAGAUACCCAACUGGUGAAGAACGCUGCAUUGCUUGUAAACUCUGUGAAGCUAUAUGUCCAGCUCAAGCAAUCACGAUAGAGGCGGAGGAGCGAGAAGAUGGAAGCCGUAGAACCACCAGGUACGAUAUCGACAUGACAAAGUGCAUAUACUGUGGUUUCUGCCAAGAGGCUUGCCCCGUCGAUGCAAUCGUCGAAGGUCCCAACUUUGAAUUCGCAACUGAGACACACGAGGAACUUCUGUACGAUAAAGAGAAGCUGCUGGAGAAUGGGGACCGAUGGGAGACAGAGAUCGCUGAGAAUCUCAGGUCGGAAAGCCUUUACCGUUGAUUAUUAUUAUACUCUUCUAAGUUUCGUUUCUUCUGCUUCCAAAAUAAAAAGGAUGAGAUUUCGAUAUGCAAAAAACCGAUACUAUGCCAUAUCCUUUUCACUAUUCUCUCCUUUUGCA